GCGCAGAGAAUUGCUUUGGCUAUCUUCGAUUUAAAGCGACAGAAGCUGUCGGAGUCCUAGAAGGCCGUCUCUAAUAUCCUCCCCCCAAGUCCUCGGGACCACUUGGGUCCCCAGAACUGGGGCGAUGGUUUGCGGCGGCUUUGCCUGCUCCAAGAAUGCGCUGUGCGCUCUCAACGUCGUCUACAUGCUGGUAGGCUUGUUGCUCAUUGGAGUGGCUGCCUGGGGCAAGGGCCUUGGCCUGGUGUCCAGCAUCCACAUCAUCGGAGGAGUCAUUGCCGUGGGAGUCUUCCUUCUCCUCAUCGCAGUGGCUGGAUUGGUGGGUGCUGUCAACCACCACCAAGUCCUGCUCUUCUUUUACAUGAUCAUCCUUGGUCUGGUCUUCAUCUUCCAGUUUGGAAUCUCUUGCUCAUGUCUGGCUAUUAACCGGAGCAAACAGACAGAUGUCAUCAACACUUCUUGGUGGGUGAUGAGCAACACCACCCGGCAUGAACUGGAGAGGAGUUUUGACUGCUGCGGCUUGUUCAACCUCACCUCCCAGCCCCAGCCAGACAACUCUUCUUGCAAUGCAAUCUGCAAGAGCAGGAGCUCUCCGUGCCAGAUGUGUGGAGAAAAGUUCCUUCAGCAUUCAGAUGAAGCCCUGAAGACCCUAGGGGGUGUUGGGCUCUUCUUUAGCCUUACAGAGAUCCUUGGUGUUUGGCUAGCAAUGAGAUUUCGGAAUCAGAAAGAUCCUCGAGCCAACCCCAGUGCCUUCCUAUGAGACUGUGGAUUGCCACUGCACCCCCAGCCCUGGCCGGUCUCAAACUUGCAGGACAGCCAAGGGUAACCUUGAAUUCCUGAUCCUCCUGCCUCAGCCUCCCAAGUGCUGAGAUGCCAGGUGUAUGCACCAUACCUGGCAAGGCUUUGGAUCCUUCUGACUUUUCUCCUGCUGUCUCCCAGCGUUUUAAUCCCUACACCCCUUAGUUUCUGAAAACUGAAGGCCUUUAACCAUUUAAGUCUUUUAAGAAAAAGGAAAGGCCCUUUGCCACACCUAGAACCAAUCCAGUGGUUAAGCUUAAUGCUUUGACAUAGAAAUACUGACAAAGAAAAACUAUACAGUACACUCCUGGCUCCUGGGAAUGUGGAGAAGGGGGUUGGGAGUUACUCAUAGCUGUUUCUCCUCCCCUCGACACCCCGUACCCUGGCUCCAAGGAUAAACUGAGGCAGUAGGAAAACAGCUAACUUUUUUUGAGGGAAGGUGCAGAGAACAUACACAGGGCCUCAGACACAGUGGGCAAGUACUUCCAAUGAGCUCUAUUUCCAGACCCAAGAAUUCUUCCAAUAGGCAGGACCCAGUUGAAAAAGUUCAAUGAUUAUAAGAAUAAAACCCAUUUUAACUACAUAUUCAAAAAGACAACUUUAAAUUUCCUUCCUAAUUUUCACUGGACAAGGGGCCUACUGCCUGCCUUUGCCCUGGUGUGACUUACAGAGUCCUGAAGGCUUUAAGGUUUUACAGGGAAGUUCUUUCUUCCAAGCAGUUUUUUAAAUCUCCCAAUAGAAGAGUAAUCAGAGAAACAUUUAAAAACAAACAGAAAAAAGAAAAAAGCAA